AUGUCCGGCAUGAGACUUCGGGACUCCUCAAGGCUGAGGAUUCCCGGCCGUUACCAAGAAGACCUCGGUCCGUCCAGGGCUGACCGCCCGCUCUUCGUGCAUCCAGAUGUGCCGUUCAACCCGGAUCUGGUCCAGUACUGUGCCCACCCCAGCCUGCCCCUGGACUACCCUGGUAUGGGGCCCUCCGAGGCAGUGAAAGCUCGCCUGGAGGCGCUUGCAGCAGAGGAGGCCCAAUCCGGGAACGACGCCGAGCAAUCAGGAGCGGGAGAGGAGGUUCCGGUGGUUGCGACUUGCGACCAGGUCACACAGGAUGGCACCUCGGAAUCUAGCAGCGAGUGUAGUCGGGGACACAGAGACCGAAGGGGCCAGAGGAGGCAUGCUCCCUCGAACCUGAACAACAUGUUCGCCGGAUUAACAAUCAGUGAGCCCGCCUCGCGCAGCACCGCCCCCAUGCCUGCUGAGCCUACCGUCACUGCCACCACAACCACCACAACCACCACCACCACCAACAACAACAACAACAAGAAGAUGGCGCCUUUCGCACGCCCGGCACGUGUGGCCAAUGUCCCCUGGCGCAAACCAGGUCAGAAGCUCGCCGAGAACAGCAAGAAGAGGAAGAAGCACGGCAGCCAAGAUCGGCCCAAUUGGGCUGAUCUUCCGGAUGGCAUCAGAUAUGCCAUCAUUCACGACCUGACUCGGACGGCACCCCUUUCCCAGGUCGUCCAAGCCCUCGACCUUGGGCACGUUGAGGUCUCUUCUCUCCUCGGCUUGAUCUCCGAGGAGAGUAGGAAAAAGAAGAAAUUCGCCGAGCUGCUCCUGCAGCACGGUGACGAUGCCGGGAUCCCCUCGGCAGAGGAGUUGGCCGCCCUCUGCCCCGUUACCGAGGGCAUUACGGCCGAGGAGGUCCGGUGCGGCCGGGCCUUCCUCAGGUUCCUGGGUCUCGACGGUGUGGCGGCCGGUUUGGGCUUCUGGGAGGGGACGGGUGCCGACUUUCACGACGUCCAGGUCGAUGAAGGAUGCUGGGCCCUCGUCGACGGCUUCGACCUUCCGGACGGCGGCGACGGCGAGCGCCGCAGCUUGCGCAGGCUGCGGAACUUGAAGGGGGCGGAGCUGCUGCUCCGGCUGGACCCUCCGACCAAGACUCUCAACCCACAGCGGUUGAAGUCUGGUAGCGGCGGCCCGUCCGCUCGCGCCGCGAGGUCGGGGCCGAUCCGGGUUCCUCCGUCGGAAGGACUCCACCCGUUGAACUACACCGUGGCGGGGAAGAGCGGUCGGCGGUACUCGACCCUGGACAAGUCGGACUGGCCGGCCUGGGAGGCCCUCCGCGACACCGGUAUGGUCCCGGAGGCCGGCCUGGUGGUCAUGACCGCCAACUCUCUUGUGCCCGACGAGGUCGCCUUUCUGAGCUCCGAGGACCUCGAAACCAUCAGCGUCGCGCAGCCCGCGGAGAUGUUUGGGUCGUUGCCCGCCGACGACAGCCACGUCUUCGCGGGACAAGAACCCGACCCCUAUCCUCGCGCGCCGGGGAACGGGCACCACAACCCAUUUGACGACGACUACGACCUUGAGGUGUUCGUCGACAGUCCCGUGAAACAGAAUGAGGCGGUUACCGAGCAGCAGCCGCAACACCGCGCCGAGUCGACAAGUACUCAAACGGCACUCGAAGAGCAAGCCACCCGGGACCCGGCAACCCCGGAGGACAGGGACCAUGAAAUGGAGAAUGUGUCGACUCAGCCAUUCAACCUGCAAGCUCCAGCGGCGUCGCAUCAACUCUUCCCGGCCGGACAGACUGGCCCCUUCGAUAUGGAUGCCGCCACGCUUGCACUCAACCAGUUCCUCAUAGCACCACGUCUCGCGGUGCGCCAGCUCGACCCAGAGCUAGCUUCCAGCGCUGCUGAGGUCAUUGCCCGAGUUUCCAGUGCCAAGCCCCGGGUCCGCUUCGAGGAUGAAGCGUUGACGGACUCAACCCUAUCGCGUCAACAUUCCCAGGCCGUCGAUAUGGGAGAUUCACCGACAUUUGAUGAGCUGGAGGAUCUUCUUGAGGGGGCCGACAUCGUCUCGCCGAAGACCAAACUCUGGGGGGAGGCCACCCAGAGCAAGAACGCCCGGAGCGAGAGCGGCUGGAGUCGCGAGUUCUGGGCCAGAAGCCUCUGGCACUACAAUAUCCGGCACAAGGAAGCAUGCUCGCGUCAGCUCCCCUCCGCCACUUCGUCCUCUCGGACCAAGUUGGCUCCGCAGGCAGAGAAGAAUCCUCGUUCCCGCACAUCAUCGGGCGACGGGGACGAGGGCGAGGGCGCAAAAGAACAUUCGAAGCUGGUAAAACGCCGAGCAUACAAGCCCGAACCGGACGAAAACGGACAGCCGAUCAAGCGCAUACGGCGCAAACCCACACCCGAGCUCGACGAGAACGGGCAGCCGAAGAAGCGCCCCAGGGGACGCAGGCCCGGUUCACGCACGGGUACCGGGAAGGAUCCGGGCCAGUCCGCUCCACGGCGCCCGGGGUUCACAUGCGAAGGGGAUAGGCUGCUGCGGUCGACCGAAGGCAAGAUAAUGACGCGCGCCGAACUCGAGGAGGCGUACCCGCAUGACCAGCGCAUAUACCGCUCCGGUGGAAACCUGGGGGGCGGCAAGUUCGAGAUCAUCGCCACGGGCGUGUUCUGGUCGUUCGUGCCGGAGGAUGAGCAGCAGGCUGCCGCCGAAGAACAUAAGCGUCGCCGCGAAAAGAAGGCCAACCAAGACGAGGGAAUGAACGAUGGCACGGGCGUGAACGCGCCCACGGCCGCCUCGAGCAACAACAAUGGCAAAAACGCCGCCCUCACCCGAACGGUCGCUCAUUCCAGCCUUACUUCUCCCGAAAGCUCGACCCCUCCUCAACCGGGCCUCUCCACCCCCGUCGGAAAGCCCAAGCAGACCAAGCUGCGCAUCUUCCGUCGCAACGCCCCGGCCCACAUCACCCUGCAGGCUUCGGCGAGCGCCCCUCCUGCCACGGCGACGACGGUCCCGAAGACUCCCACGACCGUUCCCGCUCCGGCCGGCAUCUCAGCGGCCCCAGCGGCGACAGCACACGCAGGCACGACCGCGGCACCGGCACCGGCACCGGCCCAUGUCCCUCGCCCACUGGCCCCGCGUCCUCCGCGCAACACGACUCCCGGCGGCCCCUCAGCUCAACGACCGGUAGUGCCAGGACCGGCUCUGGCGCCGGCGGCGAUGGACCCCCGCCGAGCGGCCCGCGUCCGGGAGCUGAACGAGCGGUGCGCGCGGUACCACGUCGCGACGCGCGACCGGUUCGACUCGGACGAUGCGUUCCUGGCGCAUGCCGAGUCCAUGCUGCCCUUGCUGUAUCCGGAUCUGGGCGGGAGUCGCGCUGGGAGUGCUGGUGGUGGUCCUCCUCCGCCUCCUGCUCUGGGGUCUAGUCGUUCGUUUAUUUGA